AUGUCGACAACCCGAACAAAGUCGGUAACCAUCAUCACCGUACCAUACCACGUUGGAAUAUACAAUCACCGUGUCGGCGCUGGUCCUCAGCAACUCCUACCCAAGGUCAAAAAUGAGUUGGAGAGCCAAAAUGUGACAGUAACCGUGGAGAGUAUCGAUCAUGUUGAUGAUUUCGAAGGCGAAAUUGGCCGCAGCUUUGAGCUUCUUCGAAGAGUUUCCAGAGCAGUGUGCAAGGCGAAAGAGGCGGGAUCAUUCCCUGUUGUGCUUGCGGGGAACUGCAAUACCUCAGUUGGAGUGGCUGCAGGACUACGACUCGCCGGAACAGAAGACCUACAGCUUGUGUGGAUGGAUGCCCACAAUGAUGCCGACACUCCUGACGAGCUCAUGCACGGAUACUUCGACGGAAUGGGAGUUUCGAUGGUCAGCGGAGGUAGUUGGAAGGCUUUGACUUCAACGAUUCCCGGACACAGCCCUAUUCCCAUGAACCAGGUUCUAUUCUGCGGCAUCCGGAACCAAACUCGCGAAGAGCUGAUGAAGUUCGAUGCAGUUGGUGCGCAGGUUAUCAGUGGAGGGGACAGCAAGCAGUGUAUGGAGUCUCUCAUGAAAUACCAACUUGGACCGAAAGAGACCUUGGUCCAUGUUGAUCUGGAUGUUCUCGAUCCGGAUGCAGUCGGCUGGGCCAACGAGUUCCCCUCUCGGGGAGGACUCUCUGCGGAAGCCCUUGUUCAAUGCAUGGGCAAGAUGGGACGCGGAAACGCUAGCGCUCUCACGAUUGCUUCUUUCAUGCCAGGGUUGCAGGGUGGUCAGGCCGUCGAAGCUGCCGCUAUCCAGGGAAUCUCCUAUUUCUUUCAGGAACUCUUUGGGUCUUCUUAA